AUGAACGUCUUGGGCAGCAUUCCUCCACCCACGACUGCUGUGGAUGCGUGCAUAGAUGACGGCUUUGCUCUGGACUCUGGGCUGAAGAUUUCAGGCGCUGGCGUGCUCCUGCUGGGGGGCGAGGCGUUCAAAUGGCGGCCGUGGCUAAGAGAAGGGAGAAAAGAGGGGACGAUUGGAUCUGGUGGUGUUGGGAAUGACAACAAGGGCGUGCAAAGCAUGGGCGGGAAGCUCCAGAACCCCAAAGGACAAUGGGAUGUUGAUGCAUCUGCAUGGGGUAUUCUCGACCUGGCCUGGCCGAAGCCCGAUCUACUGGUGUUAGGCACUGGUCCUAAGAUGCUGCCCAUCUCUCCAGAGACCAGGAAGCACAUCAACGAACUCGGCAUCAGGCUUGAAGUCCAGGAUACAAGAAACGCCGCGGCACAAUUCAACUUGCUGGCGACCGAGCGAGGCGUGCAGCAGGUGGCCGCUGCUCUGGUACCAGUUGGAUGGAAAGAGGGCAAGUGA